UUUGUAAGGACAGGAAGUAGUCCUGUACCGGCAGAGUGAGUGGAGCGGUGCACAGGGUGGCGUGAGUCUUUUGGUGUGUAUGUGAUCGAAAAGAGAGAAGGAAUACGUGAGUAACUGGCAAAUACUCCCUUAAUUUCGACAUUUUAAACUCUUCACUUAAGACAUCUGAAAAACAAUGGCAUUUUACGCGUAUGUGACCCGUGAACAGCUCGCCGGCUUUGACACUUACAAGUACAGUGCAGUUGAUUCCAACCCUUUAUCCAUUUAUGUUAUGCAUCCAUUUUGGAAUUCUUUUGUUAAGAUUUUACCCAAAUGGCUAGCACCAAACCUUAUCACUUUCACAGGGUUUAUGUUUCUUGUUCUUAAUUUUCUAAUGUUGGCUGCCUUUGACAGUGACUUUUAUGCCUCAGCACCAGGCCAUGUACAUGUGCCAAGUUGGGUGUGGAUUGCAGCUGGUUUGCUGAAUUUCAUUGCCUAUACUUUAGAUGGUGUUGAUGGAAAACAAGCUCGAAGGACAAAUUCCAGCACACCAUUGGGCGAAUUAUUUGACCAUGGGCUAGAUAGCUGGGCCUGCAUAUUCUUUGUUGUGACAGUCUACUCCAUCUUUGGAAGAGGAGAAACUGGCGUGGGUGUCCGUACCCUCUAUUUCAUUCUGUGGGUUGUUCUGUUUUCUUUUAUUCUUUCACACUGGGAGAAAUACAACACAGGAGUGUUAUUUUUGCCAUGGGGUUAUGACAUUAGUCAAGUGACUAUUUCAGUUGUCUAUAUUGUGACCUCAGUAGUUGGAGUAGAAGCUUGGUAUUCACCUAUAUUCUGGAAAUUUCACUACAGAGAUCUCUUCACAGUAAUGAUUUUAGGUUGUGCAUUUACAGUUACCCUUCCAAUGAGCCUGUAUAAUGUGUUCAAGGCAUACAGGAAUAACACUCUAAAGCAACACUCGUGUUAUGAGUCAUUCUUACCAUUCCUGUCCCCGGUGUUACUGUUUAUUCUCUGCACUCUGUGGGUUCACUUUUCUCCAUCUGACAUAAUUGAGGAUCAACCAAGAAUGUUCUACUUCCUUGUUGGAACGGCUUUCUCCAAUAUUACUUGUAAACUGAUUGUCUGCCAGAUGAGCAAUACCCGCUGUCAACCUCUAAGCUGGAUACUCUUGCCAGUUGCUGUUGGUGUGGCAGUUAUCCUAACUGAACUAGGAAAACAAAAUGAAACUCUUAUCUUGUAUUGCUUGACAGCCUUAGUAGCAGUAGCACAUAUUCACUAUGGGGUUUGUGUGGUGGUCCAGCUCAGUAGACAUUUUAAAAUUUAUGCCUUUUCUCUGAAGAAACGUAGUGCAGAUUGACUAGAGGAUGAGAAAAUCGGCCUGACUGUUGAAGAAGAGUAAACAUUUUCUGAAGCUCGACUACUUCAGCUAUCACCGCAAGAAUUGGCAUCUAUGCUAUAAUGGAGAGAUAAAAGACAUAAAUGGUACAUAUUCAAGAAACUUUACAUCAGUUGUACUGGAUGUAUCCCUAGCCUUUACAGGCAAAGUCUGGAAUUUAAAAAUUAUUUUUUUAAUCCGAGAAAGUAGUGACAUCACCUAUUCAAUCAUGAAAUAUCCAGCACAGGAUGUAUGAAAUGUUGUCAUGGAAAGAUGCAUCAUGAAUGUUUUUUGGCUUUUUGGAAAUAACAUGCAUAUUGCCUUACAGCACAGGUUCCACUGAAUUAGCUAGAUAUAUGGAGGCUUUAUUUAAUUAUGUCCCUAUAUUUAUUUACUGAUGAUGCUAUCCAAAUCUCCAGUGCAUUUGGAUACAGCAAUACAGUAGACUAGAAUUAGUUAUGAAAUAACUUUUUUCCUGUUUAUUGGGGGGGGGGGGCGUGUCUCUUAAAACUGUUGGUUUAAAAGCCAUGUAAAGUACUUCUAAAGAAAUUAAGUUUUACGUCCUCUAAACCAUGAGAAUGGUAAUUAUUCUUUGUUAGAAUUUGUGAAUUUCAUACAGACUGUAACAAUGAUCCAAAAUCAAUAAUUUUUUGCAAAAAUAAUCACAGUUGAAAUAUUGCCAGAAUAAUUACCAACUGACUUUCUUAGAGUAGAACAUAUCUAGGAAAAAUAGUUUUGUUUUGAAACUACAAAGCUUUUGUGAUGUUAUUAUUCAGUUCAGAAAGAAAACAUCAUUAUCUGCUUUAGUCCCUUGGGUAUUGUUUUGUUUUAUCUGAAAGGAUAUGAAUCUCUUUUUUAUAUGUUAGUAGCAUAUAUUUCUCUGUUGCGUUAAUUCAAAAAGAAUAGAUCAGAAAAUGUAUUAAUAUAAAAUGAAAUAUCAUGUUCAAGGGGAAAAUUUGCACCUUAUUGGUGACAUGAAUGCUUAGAAGGAGAGUUUCCUGUCAGGGAACAAAAUAUCUUGUUUUUCCUAUAUAAGCCUUUACAGUUAAAGUAGAACAAAGUCUGUCUCUGGUGUAUCUGCCAAAUUUCUAUGGAUUUGGACCCCAAAAGUAAAUAAAAUAUUAAACCAAGGUAGAAAUCAAUCCAGAUCAAAAAUAAAUCCUAAAUAUUAUGGAUUAGCAGCAGUUUACUUUUUUAUGCAAUGAAAUUUUAAUUUGCCAACAUUGUGGUGAAAGCAUGCCGAUUUUCUUUUAGUUGUUUUUUUCCACAGUUUAUUUCUUGCAUGUUUGAGCUACUAUAUGUGCUUUUUCAUCUACAUAUAAAAUGCUCCAUGUUUUCUUUAACCAGUCUGAAGUUGUGCUUGAAUGACGAGUGUACCAAAAUCCCUUAUAUGGGCCAGGUACAUUCAGAAGGAACAGGCACAGCAGAGGGUUUGUUUUCUCUUAAUUAUCUAAAAGGAAAAAAGAAUAAGAAAACAAAACACUAGUGUAUCAACUUUUUUCUAAUGUUAUGCUAAUAUUUAUUGCUAUGUAAUGUUUUUGCUUCUUUAGUAAGACGUUGAUACACCAUGUGAAGACUUUUUUAUGUAAAAUAUUUUAAUUUGCAAAAUGAACAAAUUCAGUAUUUGUUUAGGAAAGUUUAUUUUUAAUCAUUGUGUAAAAAAUUAUGUUUAACAUAAAUUACAAUGCAUUUUUUAUAUAUUUUGUUGAGACUACUGUAUGGCAUUUUGUUUUGAAUUUUGUUCAUGUUCUUUGCACCACUUUGUUGAAAGUAAUAUGUUUCAUGUGGCAGUUGAUUGUAUAUGGCACUGAAUGUCCUUGAGAAUAUAAUGACUAGAAAAAAUGAAACCGCUAUAUAUUUGUAUUGCAUCUGUGAAAACAUUUUACUUUUAACUGAUUUAAUGAAACAUUAUUGAGCUGCAUAAUGUAUGUAAUUUACCAUGCUCUGGGUAAUUGUUUAUGAGUGUUCAGUACAAAGCAGAAAUAGUUUUGAACAGUGUCUUUCCUAAAGUCUUCCUUCUUAUAUCCUUCUCAUAAGUGUGUAACAUAAUUAUAUUAAUUGAAGUUUAAAGUGCUAUUUUCAUGUAAUAUUGUUUGGUUAGUAUACUACAGUGUGAAAAUGAAAAAUUUAGAUCAGUGUUUCUUAAAUUUGGUCCUUGAUGGGCCCCUUUUGGUAGCCAAUUUUUAACUUUUAAUUAGAUGGCUAGUUCCUGCCUUUGAGUGAACUACCUACUUAUUUCAUUUUUUGCCUUGUUUCUGCAUUCUGCAUUGAUUGGUAGAAUCUGAAAUACACUGAAGUUGGUAAUUUAGGAUUUUUUUGUGAGAGAGUGGAGCUUUUGUAAAUCUGAAAGGGCAGUUUAUUUUGCCCAGCAUUUGUAAAAUAUGUUUUCCUGCCUUGUGCCCUGUGUUGGCUGGGAUUGGCUCCAGCAGACCCCCGUAACCCUGUAGUUAGGGUAUAGCCGGUUGGAUAAUGGAUGGAUGGAUGUGUUUUGUAUAUUAAUUGUGUGUUCGCUUGGACAUUAUUCUCCCUUAGUAAUUGGACACAGAUUUUAACUAGAAAACCUAGAAAAAGAAGUGGCUCAUUCUGUGUUAGUUAUCAUAGGAUACACCCACCACCACCACUUACACUUUUCCAAAUUAGAGACACCAGUUAGCCUAACAUGCACAUCUUGCAUGUUAGGCUACCAUGCUACCCAGACAGAAUGUGCAGUCAUAUAAAUGUUGCAUAUGCUAGUAUUUAAGUCCUCAACCCAGAAGGCUGUAGUUACGAAUUGCUGUGCUGCAAUUAAGUAGAAGCAAGCUUGUCUAAUUAUACAUGCUCAUUUUAAUGUGAUAAUCUUGAUGUCAUUACAAAAUUUAUUAAAUUGAAAACCUGAAAGAUUGAGAAACACUGGGAGAUGGCAAUUAACUCAUCUGUAUCUUUUAUGACUGUUCUGUGUGAACACAAGAUUGAUAGUUUUUCUUUCAGUCUGUUCAUUUGCUAUUGUACUACCUUGUUUUUAGCAAGUCAGCUAUGUUUAAACUGUAAUAUCAGGUAUUAUGAGUAUUGAAAGAAAACAAAAAUAAGGAACUUUUACACAGGUUUAGAUUUAAAUACAUAAAUGUUCCAUGUAUUGAAUAACAGAACUAACUGAAGCCUCCUUCCACAGUUGAAUACAAUGAUUGAGCUUGAGUUUGAACCCCAAGUGCUUUCUGACUAGCAUGGGACUUCAGUAGAAAUUCCAAUCCUCUGAAACAUAGUUCAUAAAAAUGAUGCACUUGACUAAUUAAAUCAUAUACCCAGGGUUCUUUUGUGUGCCUAGGAGAAUGUAAAUUAUCCCGCCAGUUCUAGGUACAUGAUGUUCAUCAUAUUUGUAUUGGAGUUUUGCUUAUUACUGUGUUGUGAUUUAGGUUAUUUUCACAUUAUCAUUUUAAGGUAUCAUUUAGUAAUUUAUAUACAAUGCCUGCUCUGGAGAUUUUUGAUUUGGUUUCUUUAUUUAGCUUCACCUAGGCUAAGCCUGUCUUUAGGAAAACUGAUUCGCACUAGAUUUCUUGAGGUACUGGUUCUACAGGGCUUGGAUUUUGUUUUUUAGCAGCAUCCUCUGUUAAAGCCCCAUGUCAGGUUUACUUAAAUAAAAAUAGUGCAAGUCUGCAUAAGAAAGAUUAUUUUAAACUAUUAUGAAAGUCAUGUACAAAUACUAUAGUGAGCUGCUUAAAGUGUGAGAAAGAAAGAAAAGUGCAAUUCCAAGUAGCAUAAAGUAGUAAAAACUUUAAAAGAGGAACUGGCUUCAGUCCAUUCCAUUAGCACAUGUUCGUGCAUAAGCAUAGAUGGCUGUGAAACUGUUGGUCCUUAAGUAGUAAAGCAAUAGUACCUUUGGCCAGGGGUUAGUUACUGAGCUAAAAUGCAAUAGAAGAAAAGUAAUUGCUAAUGUCUUUUCUGCAUAUUGCAUUAAUGUUCUAUGAAUUAAUUAGUAAUCAUUAGGAGAUGAUACAGAUAUAAUAGUAUUAUUAUUUACUGCUUAAUCUUUUUUCUUUCUUCUAUGAUAUCUGACAUUUGAUUGUCAGCAGGUUUACCUAUAGCCACCUUUUUAAUAAUUUGACAAUGUAGAUGUUAGUAAUAACUAAACUAAAUGCUUAAAAUUAUUCACUUAUGAUUGUAUGUUAUUUUUUACAGUUCAGAAUGGUUAUAUCACAUGUUGAAACAAUGUACAGAGUACAACAGAAAUGGCUAUUCUGUGUCCACACUUGACAGGGAAAAGGUGUCCACAUUGCUUCCUGUCUUUCCUUUCUUACUCAGAUUCAUGAGAUUUGUAAAAUAAAAAUUAUGCCAAUCUUAUGAUCAUUUAAGGUGCACCACAAACCAGAAAAUUAUGUAAUCAUACUUGACAUUCUUUAUUUCAGUAAAGAUUGGGGACAUAUUGCUUUUAACAAGGGAAAAAAACAAAGCUUCUCAGGUGUAUAGUAUCAGGAACGUUUGCUAGGAAUGUAACUUUCUGAGUAGUUUUUUUUAAUAUGUUUUAUUUGAAAAUUUACUAUGUUGUGUAUUGCUUUUUAAUGUACACACAAUUGCAAAAUAAAUUAUUUGACAGUGUUAUGAUUAUAAAUACAAGUAUUUUUACUGAUCCAAGGAAAGCAAGCAAUUACUGAGAUUAUUUACUUGUAGCAAUUUUUCUCUUAUUCCUUUCACUUGGCCCAUUAUUCACAUUCUAUAUUGCAAAGUGUAUUAAACUGAUAAGACCUGUUCUACCUCAACAUUAGUUAAAUCUGAGUCAUCUUAUUAAUGUUACUGAAUUGAGUAGAAACUGGACAAAAAACUAGUACAUAACCAUGAACUUAAGCUAUUUAAAUUUGCAUAAAUUUGUAUAUUUUAUUAGUUAUUAAAAAUAGUGGUCAUCUUAAUUUUUGUAACUAAUUGCUGCCCUUCCUUAUGAAACAUAUAUGAAAUAUGUGGAAUAUGUAACUGAAAGUUUUAUGGCAGCUUCCAUGUUGGACUGAUUGCAUUCAAAUCAGAGCCUGUAAAGAGUCUAAUAGAACGCUGCUUUAUAUGUUAAUUGAAGGGGGUAUUGAAUCGGUAGGCGCUAAAAUAAGCACUAUGUUUUAUACACAUUAGCAUGUUAACAUUUUUUUGUUUUUUUGCUGUUCAUGUACUUGAACAUAUAUACUGUAAGUAGCUCUGGGGUGAGGUUUACAUCAUGAAAUGUUCUUUCAUUGAUGCUCCAGAGUUUUUGUUUGCUUUGGGAUUUCUAGUAUUGAUAUUAUCUGUGAAACAUCAUGUAAGCUACUGCAUUGCCUCUUUUUCUAUUUUUAAAAGACAAUUUUACAAAGUAAAAAAAAUGUAUAGUAGUAAGCAAAAAACCUGUGGUAAUUGCUAUGGGAACCAUUUCCUUUACAAAUACUGAAAAAAUACACAAGUGUGAAUGUACUGCAUAGAAUAUUGUGUUUCUCUUUGAAUUUCAAAGAGAUGUAACUGCAUGUGAAAUAUUAAUGCUAUUAGCUGUAACUGUGUUAAACAUGUAAUUCCUUCAUUUUAUUGUGUUCAUACAACUGGAAUGUAUGUUGUCAUGAGAUAAACAUAGUUUUGUUUGAUGUUCGAGAAUUUUUCGAACAUAGUGAUUUGGUGCUGCAAAUAUCCAGCCUUAUGUCCCGCUUGGACUAGGGGAACGGUUUAUAAAGUAAGUUAUAUUUUAGCUGUCUAGAAGUUACAGAUUUAUUUACCUAUUGGGGAAUCAUAUUGGUAAAAAAUAUUCACAUGUCAAGGCUCUGCAGUAGGUUUUAACCUUUAUGUAAACCCACUGACAAAUUUCAAUUGGUGAAUCAAUAAAUCUGAAAGUAUU